AUGUCGAAGGUUCUCACCGUCUUCGGAGCCACUGGAAACCAGGGCGGCUCCGUCAUCAAGGCAGUCCUCGCAGACCCCGUUCUCUCCAAAGAAUUCAAAAUCAGGGGCGUCACCCGUGAUGUCUCCAAGCCCGCCGCGCAAGCUUUGGCUGCCAAGGGUGUCGAAGUAGUCGCUGCGGACAUGUCCUCAAAGCCGUCCCUCGCCGACGCCAUCAAGGGCUCCGACACCGUCUUCCUCGUCACCACGCCCGACUUCAUGUCCGGCGGCGGCACCCAGGAGCAGGUCCACGGCAAGAACGUUGCCGACGUCGCUGCGAAGGCUGUCGUCAAGCAUCUGAUCUACUCGUCUUUGCUCCACGUUACGGACACGACCAAUGGCCGCCUCAAGCACGUCGUCCACUUUGACGACAAGGCAGAGGUCGAGCGCUACAUCCGCGCCAAGGGUGUCCCGAGCACCUUUGUUCUGCCGGGGUAUUUUAUGAGCAACUUUACUGCGCUGCAGAUGAUCCGAAAGGGCGAGGAUGGGGUUUACAACUUGACGUACCCCGUUGGUGAUGGGGCCAAGUUCCCGCUCAUCGACACUGAGUCUGACGUUGGCACGUUCGUCGUCGCCGCCAUGCGCAACCGCGACUCGGUCCUCGGGAAGCAGAUUCUUGCUGCGGCGGACUACUACACCCCGUCGCGCAUCGUCUCCGAGUUCCAGGAGGUUACCGGAAAGACGGCUCGCUUCGUCCAGAUUGAUGCUGAGACGUACAAGGGCUUCUUUCCUGCUCCCAUGGCUGACGAGAUGUUGGAGAACCAUUUGUUCAUUGGGGAGCCCGGAUACUACGCUGGCAAGGAUCUGAAGGAAAGUCUGGAUCUGGUCAGCGGUGUUGGAUUGAAUCCUACGUCCUGGAAGGAGUUUUUGAAAGCGAACAAGGCUGCUUUCCAGUAG